UUUUUGGCUACAAAACAGAAUUUGUCUUUGUUUUUGUUUACGUUUUGAGCUGCAUGUUUAAUGUAACAUUAUUUUUUAAUGUUGCUUGUCAAAUAAAAUCUUUGAAAAUAUUGAGGCAACUUUGCAUUUCUUUUUCCGGAUUUUCGUCGCAAUCAGGAAGGAGGGGGGACGGCAAAUCAAGUUUUUCUUGCUUUUAGUUUCAUUUUCUCGCAUGAUGAAGUCGAAAAAUAGCAGUAAUAAACCAGUUAGAUGUUGUAAAUGUCAGACUAUUGAUCAGAAAGUGCACUUCCUGCAUGUCAAUUAAGACCAGUCCACGCCUUUUUGUGUAUUAUGUAUCAAGUUUUGCAUUGUAUUUUUAUGUUUAUUUUACCCUCAAUUUGGUCCAUUCCUAUUAAUUCGUCUUUACUGAAACAAAAUUUAAGCGACACUAUGAACAAACUUCAUAUUACUACAAAACUAACGUACGAUGAAAUAAAACCACCGGAUCACUUGGAAGGUGUAAAAAUGGAAAGAGAUGGACAUUUAAACAAAGAAUUUAGAAAAGAAGUUUUGCUAGGCUUUAACAAAACAAAUUCUCAAGAUGAAGAAUUACUUUCUUCCAUCCAUAAAAAAGCAGACCUUGAUAAUGAUGGUUUUUUGAAUUUGGAAGAAUUAGAAGUUUGGAUGAUCAAUAAAGUGAAGGAACAUUAAAAAGCUGUUCGUGAUAACUUUUUAAUAUUUACUACAUUAGAUAAAGAUCACAAUGGUCGUGUUAGUUGGGAAGAAUAUCAUGUUAACUUCAUGAUAGAACAAGGUUUUAACAAGUCGUAUGCUGCAGCUCAUCCUGAAAGUCAUCGGAAUUUAAAACGCAAAGUUAAGGAAAAAAUUCUUCUUGACAAAGCUGCAUGGUCUGAAGCAGCCAAUUCCGAUCCAGAAGCUCUAAACAUUGAUGAGUUCUUAACAUUCCGUCAUCCUGAACAUAGCCAUGUUUCUCUGCUCAAUAUGGUGAAUGAUAUUAUCAAUAGUUUAGACAAUGAUGGCGACGAAAUGUUAUCAGAACAUGAAUUUGUAGAAAUGCCUGAAAAUGACGACACAAACAUAUCCGCAGCAGAAUUAAAACUUCAAAGGCUAAAAGAAUUCCGAGAAUCAAUUGAUAUCAACCGUGAUGGUAAAGUUUCAAGAGAAGAAUUAUUAAUGUAUAAUGACCCAGAAAAUCCAGUGCAUUCUAGAUUAGAAGCAAGGAAGCUCAUCAAAUUAGCCGACAUAAAUAAAGAUGAACUGUUAUCUUUGGAAGAAAUUCUAGCUAAGAAAGAUUCGUUCCUCGGAAGCAAAAUGGUAGAUACAGCUCGUAGCUUUCAUGAUGAAUUUUAAUCUGUGAUAUUUGUUAUCCUUUGUUGUUAUAUAUGUAUUCUUGUUAAACCAAUCGUUUUGUUUUGCAUUUAUUUUAGAAUAAACUAUUUUCUCUAUAUUUAAAACUUGUUUAAUAAAAACUAUUUU